GGGCCUCGCUGCUCUGCAUCACCACGGCUUCAGCUCUGCAGCUUCACACAAUGAGAAGAAGAGAAACCAUCCGGCCGCUGCUGCCGCUUCAUGUGUGAACACAGAUCCCGUCUCCACCAAUAAGAAAGCGGCGUUGUGCACAAGUCUCAGGCUCCAUGGAGAUAAAGCCGAGUGGAGAGACGACAGAACAGAGGAAAAUGUGCAGAUGACACAGUCUAACUAUGCUGACAUAGCAGGAUGAGCAGCUGAUUGACUUCUCAACAACACAUCCUUCCUCCUGCUGUCGCCCACCCACUGUCCGUCCAGCCAUGUUGUUGAGGAGGAAGCUGUGCGUUGCUGUGGUGACCGCUGCCAUCCUCUUCCUCAUGCUCGCCAGUCAGAGCAUCCAGAGGAGACAUUUCCUUCCUCUGUCAUUAUCCCCGCCCACCAUCCGGGCCAAGCCCACCAGCAGGGAGACAGUGAUUGAAGUCACAGCACCUCCUGCUGACCUGACCCCUGAUCCCCCUGAGACACCCCCUCCUCCCAUCACGACCCAGCCUGAGUCUGAGGGGGAGGAGCCUGUAGACAACUCCCAGCAUGACCCGAGGUCUUGUGGUUGUUCCGAUUCCUGUAUUUCAGACAUGGGGUCAUCAAGCUGGUUCAGCCUACGCUACGACCCCAAACAGCAGCCAAUCCUCCGAGACACCAAUAAGAACUUUGACCCUGAUGCACUCAGGUGGUGGCUGGGUCUUCAACGGUCCGGUAACGACCAGACUCUAGAGGAGGUGAUGUCGAAGAUGUUCCAGGUCAUUUCCCCACCCACUGUGGACUUAAGGCCCCUCCCCUCACUUUGCCGUAGCUGUGCGGUGGUCGGCAACUCUGGCAACCUGCGACAGUCCGGACAUGGCAAUCUGAUCGACUCCCACAGCUCCGUUAUCCGGAUGAAUAAGGCGGUGACUCGAGGGUUUGAGAAAGAUGUCGGGAAUCGGACUACACAUCACUUUCUGUACCCAGAGAGCGCAGUAGAUGUUGCACGAGGAGUCAGCCUUGUCCUGCUGCCGUUCAAGCUGAGAGAUCUGGAGUGGCUGACCAGUGCGCUGUCCACCGGCCAGAUCAAAAUGACCUACAUGAGGGUUAAAGACAGAGUGAAGGCUGAUAAAGACAAGGUCCUGGUGGUGAACCCGGUGUUCUUUAAAUAUGUUCACGAUCAUUGGACCGAGCAUCAUGGUCGCUACCCUUCCACAGGCAUGCUGGCCAUCAUGUUUGCUCUGCAUACCUGUGACAAGGUGUCGGUGUUUGGUUACGGUGCCGAUAGGCAGGGGAACUGGCAUCAUUACUGGGAGGAGAAUCGCUACGCCGGAGCCUUCAGGAAGACCGGCGUCCACAGUGCCGACUUCGAGACGCAGGUCAUUCACCAGCUCGCCAAGGAAGGCAAGAUCAGUCUGCACCUGUGACACGACAAGUGGCCUGCUAACCUACAGACUGAGCUAGUGACAGACUCACAGACUGCUCAUUGACAGACCUAUCAACCUACAGACAGACCUGCAGACCAGUGGACUGACCAUCAGACCUCCAAGCUAAGGUACGGACCUGCUGACUAAUAGACUGACCGUUGAUUGACCUGCAGACUGACCUACUGACCUGAUGACUAAUGGACUGAUAUAAGUCACCCGGAUAUGCUGGAUUGAGGCUGUUGUUGGGCCAAGACAUUUUUAGAAAUGUAGAUCAACUGUGGGGGUAGGAGGAGCUAAACCUGCGACCUUCAGCUGGUUGGGGGGGUGGGCUCGGAUAUCCUCCUUGUGCAGACUCCUGCUGGUUUAAAUGAGUACCAGCUCAACUUGAACAAAUACAGACUGUUUUUUUUGGGACUCUCCACUUUUCACACAGAAAGCCGUCCUGCCAUCUACGACUGCGUGAUCGACCAUACAAGUUUUGCUCUGAGCGGGAAAAAAACCACAGACUUUUUAUAUCUUUUUUUAUUGGAUUUUAUAGACAUUAUACAGGGAUAACCUCUUCUUUUUUUUUCUUUUUUUUUAAUCAAAGCACUUUGCCCUGAAGAAGAAACCAUGUUGUGACUCGUGUCAAACCAUUUACAAGACUUUUCUUUUUAAUAUAUAUAUCGUUUAUAAUCCAUCCAUUUAUUCUUAUCUUAAUGCAAACCAUCCUGAUCUAGAGGAUCCUGACAGACUGGAAACAGAAACAGGAUGACAGUUUUUUUUUUUUUCUUUUUUAACCUAAACCGACAUCACUUACUGUCUUGACCAUUCUUGGAAGCAGUGAGUGGGAGGAGCCUGUGUAAGGUUCUCAGCCUGUGGUUAUGAUGAUUCGGCAGUCUGUAGGUUUUCAGCUUACGAUUGCUGAUUUCCCAAAACAGGAAAAUUUUAUUAGUAUUUGAUACAUUUUUACAGGAAUAGUCCAACAUUUAAUGACAGUUUACUGCCUCCAGUAGCUAACAAAGUUCAUGUUAAGUGGUAAAGCCAAAUAAUAACACUAACUGAUCAGAGCUAAAGAUGUGACUCAGUGAUAAAGCUGCAGACUGCUGAACUUCAUGAACACUUGAGGGACUGAUGUAACUCCUGAGUCACUGCUCAGUUGAUGGGAGUGACAAAAACGAGGAGACUGCGCACGACUUUUAACUAAAGAUUUAUUAAAUAAAACUUAACAAGGACAAAGUCAAACAAUCAGUAACUUUACGAGUGAGGGCUGUGCAUGGAUGCAGUGCAAUGUACUUUCAAAAAAAGAAACAAAAUCUAAAGUCCAACCAAAAAUAAGCAGCCAUAUGAAUGAGGAGAGGCUGACCAGUCCAGCAGGUAGCAGAGGAGUCAGUAAGCUGACUGCUGGACUUCCUGUUAAAGGGAGAUAACAGCAUGUUGAGGGCUGUUUCACACCUGUACUGUGAAUGUACAAAAACUGUUGCAUAUUAUCAAUAACAGUCGUCUAAAUGUUUGUGGCUUUGUUUGCACUAUGAGGAGUUUCAGGAUGUUUUCACUGAGUUUGUUUAAUUCUGAAUCCCAUUAUGGUCAUCCAUUUUUAUAGAUAGACUUGUUUAGACUGUAAAUUUGUGCUUGCAUUAUCUCUACCCCACAAAUCCUACCAUUGUGAAAUCGCCCUAAGACUGAUGCUCAGUAAAGAUCUCAGUCUGCUUCAAACAAAUGUGUUAGUACAACAUAUGGUCUGACUUCAAAAUAUUUCUAACCAUUUUUAAAGGGUAAAAAGCCUGUAGUCAUAGUCUCCUCAUGGCUGCAUCACAGUGCCUCCCAGAACCCUCUCCAACAACUGUUUCUUUUGUGUGAGUGUAGUCUCGACACCAAGAAACACUGUGCUUUUAUUGUGAUGUUCACGUGGAAAAGUGACAGAAGUAGUUGUGUGAUGAGUCGAAAAAAAAAGUCAAGCUUGAGAGAGAAGUUUAAAAUCUGCUUACUUUCACACCUCUUCCCACCUGGCCAGUCACUGUUGUUGGAUGCAGGUUUCAGACACUAUCAGACGAUCCAACCAGCACUAUGUUUGAAGCAAACUGAGGCCUUAUAAAUAAUCAUGAAUGCUGAAUCAUCAUCUGGAGCCUGCUGCUCUGUCGUUAGCUCGGCUGCAGUAUAGAGUGUAGUUUGACUUCAAUCUUGUUUGUCUGGAACAAGUCACGUAGUCUCUUAAAGCCGACUGCUGACUCAUCAGAAACUGUGGUUUUAAUUUGAAACAUCUGCUGCUUGUUUUAAAAGUUUUCAUUCAAAGCUGAGAUUUAACACUUUGCUGGCUUCUCCAGGAAAAUGUCCUGCUAGUAAACUCGGAAAUGAUCUACUUUACGAUUUGACGAGGAAUGCCUGAAUGUGCCAUAAACCUGAGUUCAGCCACUAAAUGACAGAGCAGCAGUCCUCCAGUGUCCUGAGCUGGACUUAACAUCUGGAUGCAAGCAGGCUAAGUUGCUGUAAACAGAUUUACUUCCUCACACUUUAAAAAUAAUCAGUUUGUUGUGAGUAUAAAUCCAAAGUUGUGCUUCUUAGAUUCCCUGCAGUCUGGAAAUUUAGAGAUUAUUUCCAUCAGGGACACAGGAAAGUACAGAUUAACUCAAAUCAACAGAUCAGCUGCUUGUAAUUCCAUCAUAAUCGUUUGUAUGUGAUCUGUAAAUUUACAACGGAGUGACGUCCACUGACCAAACAAGAUGUAAGUAUGAUAUAUGUUCAGUUACCAUAGCUUUAAUUCAGCGCAUCAUGUUUAAACUGUGACUGUUUGAUAAAACAAAUGUCAGUUUUGCUUCAACAACCUACUGAUCAUCCGUUCAUUCAUCCGUUCAUUCAUUCAUAGAUGCCAGACAGACGGAAGCACUGUGAGAUUUCAGCAAAAACAGAAAACAACAUCAACCGCUGUCACUUUGAAAGAAAUUAAAAAAAUAAAAUAAAAUAUGAAACAGAA